AUGUAUUUUAAAGUUUUCUUCCUUGGUUUAAUCUUGCCAGUUAUUGCUCUUGCAAUAGCUCCAUAUAGGCGUACCGUUACUCUGACUGAACGUCAAUUAAUCACCCCAAAGUGCCCACCAUGCCCACUGCCUACUCCUACCGAAAUUAUGACUCAGCAAGAAAUGGAAGGUCCAGAGCGAACUGAAAUAGUCACCGAAGUACAACCAACGCACACUGUUACUGAAAUUGACCGUCAAACAGUCACCGCUACUGUUACUGUUACUACUAUUUUAUAA